AUGAACCCCAUGUCUUCCAACGAGAAAAAACGCCUUCGAGAUCGUCGCUCACAGCAGACACUCCGCGAAAAGAAGCUGAGACAUACAGCUCAGCUCCAAGAGCAGGUGGCGCACUGCGAGCAGCAUCACAGCGACCAGGGGGUGCAACGCCUUCUCCAAGUAAUCGAAGGACUGCGCAAGCAGAAUGAGGGUCUUCUCACGCGCCAAGAGAGCUUGAAAUCACUCGUGAACUCCUGGGACACAAAACUGGAUGAACCAACCGCCACUGAUGACUCCAAUCAUGACUUGUCAUCUCUGUAUAAGGAGAUGAACAACCGAGAAGCCCAAUUCUCCCUCCAAACGGACUUCAACGAAUUAAUACCCCAGCAUGGGAUAAGCAAUCUUCUCAACACGCCCAUAUCCGCUGUAUCAACACCAAGGCGAAUCCGGUCUCCAUCUCUGGAACCUCUUUCUGCCGAAACCACACCCCUGUGGAACCAAAUACCGCCACACACCGACGACUUCCGCACACGCACCAUGGUCUCCUGUCCGUGGUUCGUCUACCCAGAGCUGAUCAUCCCAUGCCCAGACAUCCCCAAUUCACCUCUUGACCUCAUAUACGGCACGAAAGCAAACCCGCUGGCAGAUAUGAUCCACACGGCUCUGCAACGCCGCCCCGUCCGCGAUCCGGAGCGACUGGGUACUGGCUGGCUGGCUUACCACUUCUCGAGAUGGGUCAUCUCGCCCAGCCCAGAGACAUAUGGUCGACUUCCUGCAUUCCUUAGGCCUGUGCAGGGUCAGAUGGCCGUUCCGCAUCCGCUCGUGUUGGAUUUCUUGCCGUGGCCGAGGCUGAGGCUGAAUCUGAUUCGGCGGUGGCAUGUGUACGGCAAGGACCGGGAUGGUCUGUUCGGGUUCAUGGCUUGUUGUGUUAAGCUUCGAUGGCCUUGGAAUGAGACGAUUCUUGAACGCAAUGAGCAGAACGAGUUGUGUAUGAAAAAAGCGUUUUAUGAGACGUUCAUGAGUGAAAGUGGGUGGGGGCUUACGCCGGAGUUUAUUAGACGGUAUCCUGAUCUUGUGGAGGGGAUGGAUAUCAAUGAAGUUGUGUUUGAACUUUUCUAG